GGGAAACAAAGAGUGGGCAGUGACUAGUGAGCAGUGAGUUUGAAUGAAGAAAGGCAGGGCGUUGCUCAACAAAACCAUAAUUAUUCGCAGAGCCUUCUUCUCCACUUCUUCUUCCUUUUCUUCCCAACCUCAACAAUCACUGUUCGACUCUUUUCUUCAGAUGGACCCAUCAGACUCAGACCGCUACUCUUUCAAUCCCAAAUUGCAAUGGAACCCUCAAGUUCAAGACUACUUCUCAAAGGCUUAUGGACCUGAGCAAUUCUCUCACAUUUCUCAUGCCCUCACGCGGCCUCCCAGUUAUUCUUGUGUUCGUGUGAACACACUUAAGACAACAACUGAUGCUGUUGUUAAAAAGUUGAUGGCUAUUGUUGGCUUUGAAGAUGGUAGUGAUGGAAGUUGUAAGCAUUUUGAGGACAAUGUGCAAGCUAAUCCCAUUUCUAAGUGCGAAAUUCCGGGGAUGGAUUAUGUAUUGUUUGUGAAGGGUUCAGGGCCGCAUAAAGUUGAUUAUGGUUUUGUACCUGGAUCACCACCUCCUAAGGAAGUCAUUGUGAGUAGAAAAUGUGCCGAAGCAGUUCUUCGAGGUGCUCAGGUAUUUGUUCCUGGUGUAUUGGCUUGUAGUGCACAUGUUGAAGAAGGAGAUGCAGUUGCAGUUUCUGUUGCUAUCGAGCAACACAGUCCUGAUGGUGGAUGGGCUGUAGGUAUGACACGUGGGACUGUUCUACAAGGACUUCCAACUGAUCCUCAUUAUUCUGAAAGGAAUGGCUUGUAUAUUGGCCAAGGGACAACAACAAUGUCAAGAGCUGGCUUAUUCCGUGUUUUGAAAGGAAUUGCUGUGGAUAUGAGCAAUCGCGUAUUUAAACUUCCUUCUUUUCAUGAUGUGCUUGAGGGGGAAAUAUUUCUUCAAAACUUUCCAAGCAUCGUUACUGCUCAUGCCCUAGAUCCUCAAAAAGGCGAACGGGUAUUAGACAUGUGCGCAGCACCGGGAGGAAAAACAACUGCUAUUGCCCUCCUUAUGAAGAAUGAAGGAGAAGUUAUUGCAUGUGAUAGAUCUCAUAAUAAGGUUCUGGAUAUUCAAAAAGUGGCUGCGGAAAUGAGCUUGACAUGUAUAACGACUUAUAAGCUGGAUGCUCUCAAAGCAGUUCGGCGAGUACAAGAACACGAUGAAAUUGUCACUAUUCAAAGUGCGGAACCAAUAAGCAUCCAAGAGGAGAAAACAUCUUCUGCUGAUCAAGAGUGCAAUUCUUAUAAGGCAUGCAAUGGAUCUGUUAGCAUUGAAAAAGAGAAUGAGAGAACUUAUGUUAGCAAAGCUGACAUCAGGAAGGAGAGGCGAAGAAUGAAAAAUGGGCCUGGAAGGAAUCAGUGUGUAGGUGGCAGAGUUGAUAACUCGAAAGGUUUUGAUCCUGACAGCUUUGAUCGAGUUCUCCUUGAUGCUCCAUGUUCAGCUCUAGGUUUGAGACCUAGACUUUUCGCUGGAGAGGAUACUAUAAAAUCUUUAAGAAACCAGGCAGUGUACCAAAGGCGAAUGUUUGACCAGGCUGUUAAACUCGUUCGCCCUGGUGGAGUUAUUGUGUAUUCAACAUGCACAAUAAACCCUGGUGAGAAUGAAGCUCUGGUACGAUACGCUCUUGACACAUAUAAGUUCCUCGCCUUGGCACCACAGCAUCCAAGAGUUGGAGGACCUGGCCUUGUUGGUCGUUGCGAAUUUCCUGAUGGAUAUAUUGAGGAGUGGCUAAGACCUGGCGAGGAAGAGCUGGUUCAGAGGUUCGACCCAUCAUCUUCCCUUGACACAAUUGGGUUUUUCAUAGCCAAGUUUACAGUUGGCUCCAAAAAUAUCUAAAAAAUCUGCAGAAAAACAAAGAAUAUUCUGAUUAGAAUCAGUUAGGAUAAUAUAGAAAUAUCACCUGAAAUCAGGGAUGGAUUUACCCUGAUGGAUUCGUGGUUCAAGGGUCAUAGAUAGAAUAUCGUCAAGUACAAUUCUGCAUCUUCUUUCUUGGGGCCAUUUUUCCUAAUCGAUGGUGGUAAAACCAGCCGUACUUUUUUUUACUAUCUACUUAUUUGAAGCAAAACAGAUUAGAUUAGUAUUGUCUGAGAUGCAUACAUGCAAUAGGUUCAGGUAAAUGGCUAACAUCUAUUUGAUAGUUCAUGGUUCUAAAUUUUUGUAUCAGAUUUGUUAAAAUUGCUGUUCUGACACAAAAAAUAAUUGAUUGAUAUGACUCUUUGUUUUAGCA